UUGUGUAAAACGGAUGUCCCUUACGAAAUCGUUACGUGCGAUUUUAAUGUAAAAUUUACUGUUUUGGAAUUUUUUGGAACUUUGUUGGUUUAUUAUUCGAUGGUUUUUAAGUUUUUAUGGUUGUUGGUUUGAGAAGAGUUGUUGGUUUUUGAAGUUUUCGGUGUUAAAAACUGUUUUUUGUACUGCAAGGAGUGUAAGGAAGACUGAAUAUGAUUAUUUUUGGAAAUUGAGUGAUGUUUUUGUGUUGUAAAGGGAUGAAUAUUUACAGUUGAGAGGUCACCCAAAAAUGUACUGAGCGCAUUAAAAAUGGAUUCCCCAGUCUCCUCUCAAGACAAUGACAUAGAAGUGAACGUGGUCUCCGGCGCCAGUAGUCCGGAUAUCCCCUCCUCACCCUCUAGAAAAGAACAGAGUUACUACGACAUCAAGAAGGACAAAGAAGAGAAGGCGACGGGUAGCGCUCCUUACACCAGCUUCUCUAUUAGUUCUAUAUUGAACAGAACUGAGCCUAGAAGAGACUCGAAUGUUCUAGAAGCAGCGUUGGCUGCUAAUCAUUUUGGAAAUGCGAACGACGCCAUGCUGUCCAGAUUAGGCCUCAUAUCGCAAUGGAGCGCGCUUGCGGGCCGAUAUGGAGGCCUUGUACCUGCGCCUUGGUACUGGCAGAGGCCUCAUGAGAGGACUCCCCCUAGAGAGGAUUCCACCACCAACGAGGAAGGUUCAGCUGCCGGUUCACCCAGACUGCGCAGUCCACCGCGACCCCCUUCACCUCCCUCCCCCUCCCGCUCCUCCCCCCGCUCCCCACGUCUCCACCCCGCGCUCUACCCCCAGCAACAAGACCCUCAAGACUCCGACCCUGACAUCGACGAAUCCGACGACUUCGACAAAGAUGAGAAGAGAGAUCCAAACUCAAGCUUAGGAAAGAGAAAGAAGAAAACAAGGACAGUCUUCUCCCGCUCCCAAGUCUUCCAGCUGGAGUCAACCUUCGAUAUGAAACGCUACUUAAGCAGCUCUGAACGAGCAGGUCUAGCUGCAAGCCUCCAUCUAACUGAAACGCAAGUGAAGAUAUGGUUUCAGAACCGUCGUAACAAAUGGAAGAGGCAGUUGGCUGCGGAAUUGGAAGCAGCUAAUAUGGCCCAUGCGGCUCAAAGACUGGUUAGAGUGCCGAUUUUGUACCACGAGUCUAGACCGACCUCUAUGCCGCAUACUCCUUUGGCGAUACAUCCCCAGUUUUCGAACGAAACAGGCGUGUACUUCCCCCCUCAAGCGCCUCAGCAGCUGCAACCGCUGCCGUCGUCCCCAGUAACUUCCAGAGCACCGCUGUCUAGUCUAGUAUAGUGUCAGUUUGAAGCUGCUAGAAGGGACGCGGCUGAUUUUUAAAUAUCGAACGUGGAUGUGUUUUCUUUUUUGCUACAGACUAUUUAGUGAUUGACAUAUAAAUCGAAUGCCAAAUCGAAUCGAGAAAACUUGUUUUUUUUUGUUGUGAGUAGUUAAUUAGAAUUAAAUGUAACGUACAAAGUCGUUGUCAUUCCAAAACUUGUAUAUUGUUGUAAAUAUAAUUGGACUAUAAUAUAAAUAAUAAUAUAAUGAAUGUUUUAAUAUUUUUCCUGUAUUUAUUCUGUGCUAAACUAGCUAAAUAUUGUUGUAAAUAGAUUUACGAUCGAUUCCUAUUGUCGAUGUAUUUGUGAUCGAUAAGUUGCUUAGAUAGGGUUGCAUUGGUAAAAUGUAUACCAAAAAGAUGUACCUAAAUGAGAAAUACUUUUGGUUUCAAUGUUCACAAAACAACAAAAUGGGGUAAAUUGGCAUUACAAUAUGCUAAUUUAAAACAAAAUUAACCUCGACCUUUUAGUUGUGAUGGAGUAUUUUGAGUUUGACGGUCUCCAUAACGCAGUGGUAUGCGCAGUGGAUUUAUAAGACGGAGGCCCUGGGUUUAAUCCCCGGCUGGGCCGAUUGAGGUUUUUUUAAUUGGUCCAGGUAUGGUUAGUGGGAGGCUUCGGCCGUGGCUAGUUACCACCCUACCGGCAAAGACGUAUCGGUACGAUGUCGUGUAGAAACCGAAAGGGAUGUGGAUUUUCAUCCUUAUUCUAACAAGUUAGCCCGCUUCCAUCCUAGAUUGCAUCAUCACUUACCAUUAGUCGAGAUUGUAGUCAAGGGCUAACUCGUAAUGAAUAAAAAAGAAAAAAAAAAUGUUUUUCUCAGUCUCAAUGAUUUGUAUUAUUUAUAAUGAGUCAGUUAUAAAUAUAACAUGAUAUACCUUUUAUCAAUUACUUUGUUUGAUAUUCUAAACCAGCCCCUGUAGCCAAAUGGCACGUCGAUUUUCUUUCUACGAUCGCUAACGCUUCGAAAACUAGAAAGAUGUAUGGGAAUGACAGAUCUUGAUCACGUGACCUGUCGAUAGCUAAUGUCAUUCCCAUACAUUUUUCCAGUUUUCGAAGCGUUAGCGAUCGUAGAAAGAGUACCUACUAAGCAAUUUAUCGAUGUAGCGUUAAGGAUUAUAGGAAUUGUAAGUUAGUAGGUGAAUAUGGAAAUUUGCUUUUCGCAUUGUGCUAUUUAUUUUUAACAUAGUGUAUUAAUAAAUUGUAAAGAUUUUUUUAAUAUUCGAAAGACAGGAUUUCUAUGUUUCAUUCUAGUCUGUGAGUGAUUUAAAAAAAGGGAAUUUUCCACAUAUUUAUGUCACUGACGGAAUAAAUAAUCAAUAUACUCUUGAGCAGUUGCAAUAAUCAGUUUCAAAAUUUAUGAAUCUAUGAAUAUUUGUGCAGUCUUGCACAUAACUUUUCAACCCAGUAGACUAUCUCUGUUUCAAAUCUUGACUAUAUAAUUGGAUAUGUCAACACAUACAUACGUUUGACAUUCGUACGCCAGAACCGCGUGCCGAUUCGCAGUCUAAGCCAUCAUUCACACUAGAGAAUUUUUUUACUUUCAUUUAUUUAUUACUUCUUUUUUUUACAUUUUUAACAAUAUAAGUAUAAAAACAAAACAUUAUUAAAAAUUUAUUUAAAAAACUCACCCUCCCGUUGCGGGACAUUUGAGUGCCCAAGCAACCGGUGGUCAGGGCUCCAGAGUGAGGAACCUCCUCACAAUACGCGCCGUCUCAAGAAUCACUGCCUUUUGUAUGCGACUCUUGAUCCAACAGUUAAGCGAAAGCUUCUUAAGGUGUUGGUCGAAGCUUUUCGCUAUAAAACCAUUGACUGAAACAACUAUCGGAACAAUAAUAGUUGACUCAACAUUUCACAUGGCGGUGAUCUCGUGAGCAAGGUCCAAGUAUUUUGAUACUUUUUCCUUUUCGGCUUUAACCAGAUUAUCGUCAUGUGGAACUGUAAUAUCAACAAUUAUUGCACGACGCACUGACCGAUCGAUUAGCACUAUAUCAGGUCUAUUGGCUACAGUAUACCUGUCAGUGAUAAUCGAACUAGAGAAUUAUAUUUACGGACGUUAAAAAAGCGUUCAAAUACGUCAAAUGCUCUCCUAAGUACCUAUGUUAUAUUAUUAUGUAUGUUGUAUUAUGUUAUAUUAUUGAUUGUAUGCAAUGUUCACACAACAGCGUUUUUAAAACAUGACUUUGGACGUUGGAAAUAGACCUUCAUUUAACUUCAUGCUUUAUUUGAAUGCUUUUUAACGUCCGAUAAAAAACUCUAGUACGACUAGGGCUUAAGAUAUUAGACUAAGGCUGGCAGCAUACAUUCUUUUUCCGUGUUCGGAAAACCGAACGCAUGAAAUCAAUCUAAAAAUAAUAAAUGACGCACAUGUAAAUAUUUUUCCGAACGGAAAAUAUUCCGCGCGUACGUAAAGAAUGUGAGCCCUUGCGAUAAUAUACCUACAUUCCGAAUGAAGAAAAACGUAAAGUUUGCGUUAGUCUCAUAAGUCAGUUACACCGCCUCCCGCCUCGUACAUCGUCUCGUACUUCGACGAGUCCUCGUCUCGCGUGCCCGCUCUAAACGCGAGCGUCGCGAAUGGUGAGACGAAUUACGAGUGCACACACACCCUAACUUUGCCUCGCGGCUCGUCUCGCCGCUCUUGCGAGAGUGUAAAUGAGGUAUCACGAAAUUCCAAAUCGAAAUAAAUCGGAAAACGUAUACGGAUAACGAGUGUAUGGCUUUAGAUCAUUGCGACGGUUGCUGUAAAUGCGUCUAUUCUUUACAAAGUCUUCGAGAGUAGUGUUGUGUUGUUACGUCAUUUAAAAUAAAUGACACCUUGAACUCGUCCACUCUAGAAUGGAAUAGAAAUCUUUGAAUGUAAGCUAAAACUCGGCCAGUAUGUUCUUGUUAUGUUGUUAAUAAAUAUACCGCUGUUAAUAUUUUAGAUUGUGAUUAACUUAAUAACAUGCAAUUUUCAGGAAAAAACGUAAACAAUAAAGUAAACGUUAACAGGUAGAUUUAUUUGUCACUGUACUUACCUUCUGGGUUAUUAAGUCUACACAAUAAAUAGGGAAUUUACCCAAUUAAGAACCUUAAAGAGUGAAGUGUCAUUACAAUUAAGCAAUUAUCAGAUAACCAUUUGGUAAAUACCAGAUAACCAUUUGCUAGAACCAGUUAGCCUAUUCACUAACUUUAGUAUAUUAACCACCUAAUAUAAUUAACUUGAAAUCAAUAACAACUGUAUUUAAAUUCUUAUUCCGUAAAGCCGUUAAUCGCAAUGGCAAACACAGUGGUUAGUAAUUUUGAUCAGUUAGCAAAUUAAUAGAGAUUACGAAAUCACGUGACUUAAGAAUUACUAACAAUAACUAAUUGGUGUAUAUCCACCAAAGUUAUUCAUCAAGUUAGUGAUUAGACCAGCGGGAAAGGUUCUCAAUUAGUGUUCUAUUUAUCGUGUAGGCUAAUCUUAAGUUACAUAUUUACAAAGGGUGUGUCUCUAUUUGUAAUGAAAAACAAAUUUAGCUUUUUUCCGCAAAUAUCUGAAAAAAUACCCUUAUAAAAAGAGAUUAUUUUCCAUAUAACUUACAUAUUUUUGUUGUUGUUGUUUAGUUGCUAAUAAAAAGCUACUUCCAACCCUAGUGUGUCAUGAUCGUAUUGUCAAUCAAAUCAACUAAUACUAUAUAUGCAAAGAUAAGUUAUGUUUUACUCCUUAAUUACCCACUUAAAACCGAUCAUCAUGACGUGAUGUACCUAUACAACAAUAGUCAUAGGGUAUUUUUCGUCCUGAAGGGAAAUAUUGUUCAAUUAAUGUUAUUGUAAUAAUUAUGUAAAACUUUGUUAAAGUGAAAGAGCGCUAACUUUAUUGGAUCUUCAGCGUUAGUCCUCAUUCGCACGAGAGUUAAAAAAGCGAUACGUUAAAACCCAGCGUUGGCGGUUUUAUUAACGUUCUUAUUUAAUUCAUGGUCUAUUAUCAACGCCCUAAAAUUGAAAAUACCACACUGCUCGAUAAAAAAACGUCGUAUUUUGAAAACGCUGUCGUGUGAACAUAUACUUGGGAAUGCGUUUGUUGUAUUUGAACGCUUUUUUUUAAAAAACUUGCAUGCGAAUGAGGCCUUAAUCUGUGACUUUAUUUUUGUAACUCCACAGUGUGUUUCAAAUUCGUCUCUAUUUGCGGAAAAUUGCAAAGUUAAGUAAUUAUACCUACUGCCUAGGUACAUAAACAUGACUAGAGUAUUCUGUAAUCAUGUUUUACUGAUACGAUAUAUGUCAGACUUUUGCGGAAAAUUGCAAAGUCAUAAUUGUACCUACUGUCUCCUUAGUUUCUUUGUUUUUUUAUAUUUAUUGUCAAUGUAAUUAGAUCGUUUGCUGGCCUAAACGCUUGCUAAAAUAAACUAAAAUAAAAUAAUUAAUGUUAAUAGAAGUUGACUAUCUUCGUAAUACAUUAAGUAUGGUAAUAUUGCUGGGAUGAGAUGGUAAAUAAAAUCAUGCAAUAAU